CCGGCCCCGCCCACCCCCUUGCCACGUCCGUGCGGCGCGUGCGGCGGGGCCGGCGCGCGCGGAUCUCUGUCUGCAGCCAUGAUGCCCGUGGCCACCGUGAUGCCCGAUGACACGCCCAUGUUUGACCCCAGGAUCCUGCAGGAACUCGACUGGAGUGAGAACACCACGACCUUUUCUCCUGCUAUUUCUCCACUGGAUCCAGGGGAUGGGCUGGUCCUGAGACCACUUUGCACAGCUGAUUUAAAUCGAGGCUUUUUCAAGGUUCUGGGUCAGCUGACAGAAACAGGAGUUGUGAGCCCGGAGCAGUUCAUCAAAACCUUCGAGCACAUGAAGAGGUCUGGAGAUUACUACGUCACCGUGGUGGAGGACACCAACCUGGGGCAGAUCGUUGCCACGGCAACGCUGGUUAUAGAACAUAAAUUCACUCACUCCUGUGCCAAGAGAGGCAGGAUAGAAGACGUGGUGGUCAGCGGGGAGUGCAGAGGGAAGCAGCUUGGAAAACUAUUAACGUCCACCCUCACCUUGCUAAGUAAGAGACUGAACUGUUACAAAAUCACGCUGGAGUGUCUGCCCAAAAAUGUGGAUUUCUACAAGAAGUUUGGCUAUUUGGUAUCUGAUGAAAACUACAUGUUUCAACGGUUCUUUAAUUAACAGCUUCUAGGUGUUCUGGGUUCUUUUUUUUUUUCUUGGAAAGACUGUUGGUGGAGGAGCUUGUGCUACAAACAUUCUCUCCGUGGAAAAUUUCUAUAGUUUAUUGCUGCAGAUAUAACAAUCCCUAUAAAUAAUGAACAUCAAAUGUGUAAAUCUUGGGGGAAAAAAAAUUACUGAGGUUUUAGAAAGAGUCCUCUGGGUUAGAAAAUAAGUUUAGAACUAAUUUUUACUACUGUUGAGUCGAGGUGAAGUUUUCUGUUCCAGCUGAGUUACAAAGGACUCGUUAAAGGGAUGGUUUUUAACCAAAGGUAUAUAUUUUUAUCUCAAAUUUUUUCUCGCAUUGUAUUUUUCUAAAGGUUUGUGCUUCUUUUCUCAGCAGCCAAAGGACAGCCCUGGGACUGUCCUGGCUGUGCUGAGGGAAGGAUGACGUAGCUGGGGAAGGGAUGAGGCUUCUCUUAUGCAGAAUCAGUGACACACAACAGGCCUUAGUUCUGUUUUUUUCCAUGGCACCUCAUGGAAGUGCUGGAGGUGCCUCUGAAGUUUUCUAGGCACUGUUUUCCAAGACUGGAUUUGUUACUGUUGGUGCAGGUUGGGGAAAAUCCUUCCAGGCUGUGCUGAAAAUGGAUGUGUGCUUCUCACUGCAGGGCUCCUGCACUUUAGCUGAUAACUUGGUUUUCAGGAUAAUUACUUUUUUUUUCUCUGACAUAAAAACCCCAAAUGUGGUUUGCAACAGGGCAGAGGGUAACAGGGAUGCUGGAAUGUCUGAAGGAACAUAUCCCAUAGGGAGUGGGGUUCUGGCUGGUGAUCACUGGGAAGGGGACUGGGAUGGCAGGUUCAGCUUCACCUGAGGGAGCUGGGGGUGUUCAGCCCAAAAAAGCCUUAGAGACUUCCAGGGCCUGAAAAGGAGAGAAAGGGACUUUUGUACGGGCAGGACACAGGGAUUGGCUUCCCACUGCCAGAGGGCAGGGUUAGAUUGGAUACUGGGAAGGAAUUCCUGGCUGGGAGGGAGGGCAGGCCCUGGUAUAGAAUUCCCAGAGCAGCUGUGGCUGCCCCUGGAUCCCUGGAAGUGCCCAAGGCCAGGCUGGACAGGGCUUGGAGCAGCCUGGGAUGGUGGAAGGUGUUCCUGUUGGAAUGAGAUGAGUUUAAGGUCCUUUCCAACCCAAACCACUCUGGGAUUUACUGAGCACCCCUGGCCCAGCCACUGGAUCUCCAGAGGGCCAGGAGGGAUUUCCACCUGUGGCACAACAAACCGGCACAGAAAUCAACCCCCCUUCUCCCAAGGGAUUGCUGCUCCUGCUGCUGUGGAAUUUCUCUGGUGCUGCAAGGUUGGAUCAAUGAUUUUAGCACUUUUGCCAGGGGUGAAAAGCAAAGAACAUCCAAAGGCCUGUUGCCAGCAGUGGUGCUUUGUGUUUUGUGCGGGGAGUGACAAAUGCCACAGCCAUGAAUAGGGCAUUGUACCCAGCCUGGGUUGUUUGUGGGCAGCCAGGCCUUCCACACUGUCCUGCUUUGUGCUCUGGAGAGCGACUCUACAGUGCUGGGGGCUCUGCUUGAUCUUCCUGAGGGUUCUCCACUCCAUCCAGUGUCUCCUUGGUGAUGUCUGCUUUAUUUAUUGAUUAUUUUUUUAAAGAAUAUCUUUGUUUAAGCUGAAUAAAUGAUUGCCACCUGUA